UACUAUAUUUCUCAGCGGGAGUGUAGAGUGUAUAUAGUGUUAAUAAUAGAAAAGAUGAAGCAUUUCAUCAUCUAUUUCGUCGUGCAUAUAUACUUUGUGAGAAUCCUGAAUGUCGCUGCAAUAGAAGACAGUCGACAUUGGCGGCGAUUGACCAACAAAGAACUAGAAGAAUCCCUUUCGUAUCAUUGGAACUCGAAAAAAGCGAAAAAUGUGAUUCUCUUCGUUGGGGAUGGGAUGAGUCCGGACACCAUAACGGCCAGUAGAAUUUAUCGUGGUGGCGAGACUAGUCGACUGGCAUGGGAACAUUUUCCCCAUAUCGGGAUACUGAAGACUUACAACACGGACAGACAAGUCCCGGACUCGGCAUCUACCGCCACCGCUCUCUUCGGAGGAGUCAAGACGAAUUACGAGGUGGUCGGAGUGGACGCCAACGUGCAGUUGGGGGAUUGCCGGGCGAGUUUGAACGCAAAUUAUCACGUGGAUUCGUUCAUAGCGUGGGCUCAGGCUGCCGGUAAAGCGACAGGCUUUGUGACGACCACCAGAGUGACUCACGCAACUCCGGCGCCGCUUUAUGCGCACUGCGCGAAUCGCAGAUGGGAAUGCGAAUCCAAAAUGCCUGAAAGCGCUGCCAGUUGUAAAGACAUCGCCAGACAAUUAAUAGAGGAUGAGCCAGGGAAAAACAUUCAAGUGAUUAUGGGCGGUGGUAGACAGGUGAUGAAGUCCAAGGUAAGCGCGGGCGAAUUUGACCCGAUAGAUUCUUGGGCCUGCUACAGACAGGACGGCCGUAAUCUCAUCGACGAAUGGACACGAGACAAGUCCAGUAGAAACUUGACUUACAGCGUCGUUCAAAACAAUGAGGAACUAUCACGGCUCGAUAUCGAUAACGUUGAUUAUUUGCUCGGUAUCUUCGCUAACGGCCACAUGGAGAUGGACUGGAAACGCGAACGAGGUCCGAAGGGACAACCGAGUCUGGAGGAGAUGACGGUGACAGCAUUACGAAUUUUGCAAAAGUCCGACCAGGGAUACUUCCUAAUGGUCGAGGGAGGUAUGAUUGACUUUGCUCAUCAUCGCGGCCACGCCGCUCAAGCCUUGCUAGAAACCGUCCGAUUCUCAGACGCCGUCAACGCUACUCUUGGAAUGAUCGACAUCAAUGACACUCUUGUGAUAGUCACCAGCGAUCACACGCACUCGAUGAACUUCAACGGAUACAGCCCUCGCGGUUCAUCCGUCCUGGGAAUCGCACAGAAAUCAAGAUACGACGGAAUACCGUACACAAAGUUGUCCUACAGCACAGGCGGUCCGAACAACGUUGCUUACACGGUGGACGAUAACGGCCGAGCAGUGAGGAUCGAUCCCUCUAAGUUCAACACCAGUGACUUCACUUACAGCCAACAAGCCACGAUCAUAUCGGACGAAGCUUAUCACGGCGGUGGAGAUGUGGCUGUGUACGCUAUAGGCCCGCACGCACAUCUCUUUCAUAGCGUGCAUGAGCAGAAUUACGUGGCGCACGUGAUCGCAUAUGCCGCGAAUGUCGGCGAGUAUUUCAACGGCGCCUCGAUAUCGAUUCGCUGCCUAAAUGUAGUCGUCUUUUGCGCUAGUUUAAUCUUGUCAAUUUUAAUCACAUGCAAAUCAAUCUAUAAGUACUAAUAAAAGCAGAUUAUCAGUUUUA